AUGAUAGCUAGAUCGCUUAUAUCAUUGGGCCUUUUCGCUCACCAAGUUUUGGGUCACGGUAGUGCUAGCAAUGAAGCAGUUUCGGUGAAUAAAGACUUUUCGUUGUUAGAUUUGGUAAAACUGGAAAAACUGCCCAGCACCUUCAUAACGGGUGGCCAGGCAGUGUUAGAAGAAGGGCGUGUGGUUUUGACGCCUAAAACGGGCUCUAAAGGUUCUAUUUGGGCCCAAAAAGAGUACCAUUUAGGCGAAUCUUUCACUGCAGAAUGGACAGUGAGAAGCAUCAAUCAUAAAGGGAAAUCAGCCGGUGGGCUGGCCAUGUGGUUUGUCAAUUCCAAGGGAACCGAUGAUCUCAAACUUUACAAUGGUCCUUCCCAAUUUGAAGGAUUGCAACUGCUGAUGGACAACAAUGGUGAACUGGGAAGCACUCUUCGUGCACAUUUGAGCGACGCUUCAAAAAAAUUUACAGGGACCAACAUAUAUGAUGAAACCUUCGGUUCGUGUCUACUUGGCUACCAGGACUCCACAGUCCCAUUAACGAUCAGACUAACAUAUUCAAGUGGGGAUUUUCCACUUCUCAAGGUUCAAGUCGAUAACAGAGUCUGUUUCCAGACUAAAAAAGUGCAAUUACCGGCCCAAAACUACAAGUUGGGGGUCACUGCUGAUAAUGCAGACAAUGCAGAGUCUUUUGAGCUUUUGCAGCUAGAAGUAUAUGAUGGCAUCACCGAAGAAUCAAUGAUCCCUAAUGCCAAUAUCAUGGAGCAACCCCGACUUCUCACCAAGGUUAUCAAUCAGAAAACCGGCGAAGAAGAACUUGUUGAAAAAACUGCACUUGAAAUGAACGGAGAUGCGGAUUCUGUGACCAAUUUCGUUUUGCUACAGAAGAUGAACAGGUUGGAAGGGAAAAUUCUAGCCAACGACAUCGCAACCUUGUCUAAAGCCAUUGAUGAUUUGAUUGAAGUCCAAAAUAUUCAGUCUAGGAGGCUGGAAAGAGUCAUUACCCUCUUGACCUCACGCAAGUCCACCUCAGGAAAAGAUGGUGAAGAAGGGGCACUGGUAGACGAAAGUUUUAAAGAUUUUUUCAAAAUGGACGAGAAGCUAGAACAAUUACUUUUAGAGCAGCAAAGGAUACGGGAAUCUUCCAAACAGAACGUUUUUGGAGAUAACGGGGGUCCUCACAUUGAUGAAAUUGUGCGCAAAUUAACAAUUUGGCUGAUACCGCUUGUUGCCGUAAUGAUGGUCAUGGCGUACCACACUUUUAGAAUCCGUCAAGAAAUUGUGAAAACAAAGUUAUUGUAA